CGUGCUAGCUAUAUUCUAUUAUUUCUACUCAUCGUUCAGAGAGAACUAGAAACACAACUAGAAGUUGAUUGAGGGUAUAAUGAAAAAUUCAAGGGCGGUACCUAUAGUGUAAUAGAAAAUCAAAGGGGGUUUCGGGAGAAUUUGCUAAUAAAGCUUUAUUUCUGACUUCAAAUCUAGUACUGGUUACAGAGCCUUUGAAUUAAUAAUAAAAACUACAAUAAAAUACAGUUUAAUUAUUAUUUCAUAUACCAUUUCGUAAUAGAGUUGUAGCUAAUAUGACACAACCUUUUAUUAUUUGUAAUUUCCUGUUUGUGUGAAGCAAUAUACUGUUAAGCAGUGAAUUAUUUCGAGAAUUUAGCAUUCUAUAAGAUCAUGUUCUUGUUCUUACAUGUUGUCUUGAUCUUAUAAAAUAUUUGUGAUAAUGAACCCACAUUUUGAAUCAUCAUCUCCCACUCUAGGAGGCGGUGUAUCAUCUGCUCCUCCUACCUAUGAUGAAGCUGUGGGUAACAUACCACCUGGACCAAAGGAUAAUUAUAUUCCGAAUGCAGACAAAGCAGAAGAGGAAAAAGAGAGAAAAGCUCUUCCAGCUCCGGUCACCUCUCAACCACAGCCACAAUUACAAACAUACAACUUUGAACAACCAGUUAGUACGCCUUCCUCUUCAAAUGACUGUGCUGUCUGCUGCUUGUGGUGCGAUGGAGAGGAUAUAGCAGAUAUUUGCUAUUGUAUAAUCUGCUGUUGCAGGCAUAACACUAACCAUGACGUCGGCUGUUGUAAUUGUAACAUCUGUGGUGAUAGUCCUGAAGGUUGUUGUGAGUGUGGUGACUGUGAUUGUGGGGAUUGUGAUUGUGGAGCUUGUGAUUGUGGAAAUUGUGAUUGCGGAAAUUGUGAUUGUGGAGAUUGUACGAUUCUCUAAUUUUGGAGGAAGGGUCAAUAUUAUCCUAUCCUUUCCUUUAGAUAUUAUUAUUUUUGCGCUUAAUUAUCAUAAGUAAUUGCACAAGUGUAUCAAAAUUACCAAUAAUUUUGCAUGACAGCGUAUUGUCAUAAAAACUGCACGAGUUUUUUUUCAAGGAAAACACACUGGAAUGCAAAAUUAUCCGGUCAUUUUGAUGCACGAGUGUAAUUCGGGGGAAUAUUUCCCGAAUAAACUGUUACAUCACUUGUCAAACUGAUGUAGAAUGGAAUUGCCAUAGAUUCGAACUGUGUAAGAUGUAUAGAAACUAUGCAUCUAUGAACAGAACAAUUAUCGCAGUGCUGUUUCGCUUCCUACAAUGCAAUUAUCGCUGUAAUUUUCGAUAAUUGUUCUCCAUAUACAUAUAAUUUUUGACAGGAGGGAAAUAUUCAUAUAAUACUUCUGUUGUUCAAUAAUAUUUCAUAUUAUCAUAAUUGUAUGUAUUAUAGUAAUUUAAAUAUUCAAAGCAAAGGAUCAAAAUUAUCUCAAUUGACUGCUCAAUACUAAACUGUAAAAUAUAUUUAGUAUUUUUGUAAUUGUAUUUUAGCAGUUUCUCAUAGGCUUCCAGAAGUUCAUGAGCUUAUGCAAGUUCAAAUUCAUAUUAUAAUCGUAUAAAGGAGAGUUUCAGAAUAGCUAAUCAAUUUUGAUCUAGUUACAAUUGGAAGCAAGAUAAGGGGUAUUUUUUUAUAAUUCAGAAUGUACUUCUAAUAAUUUUUUUAUAUUAUAUAUAUUUUUAUAAACUGACUUUAUAUAUACACAUGUUAAUGUUUUGAAUUAUAUCACAUAUUUCA